AUGCCUCUUGUGGUACCAACAGGGAAGCCCCGGGUGGUCCUGGGGCUUAUGACUUUCGGUCCAGACGAGAAAGAUAUGGGCCGCAUAACAACUGUUGACGAAUUUAAGCGAUGUCUCGAUUGUUUCAUGAAGAGGGGAUACUAUGAACUCGACACUGCGCGAGUCUACGCUGCCGGAAAGCAAGAGGCAUUCACGGCUCAAGCUGGCUGGAAAGAGCGCGGCUUCAAGCUGGCGACGAAAUGGUAUCCCCGAACUCCCGGGGCGCACAAGGGAGCCGAAGUCCGGGCAAAGCUCGAAGAGUCCCUGAGGGAGCUGCAGACCAACUGCGUCGAUAUCUUCUAUCUGCAUGCCGCGGAUCGGUCUGUGCCGUUCUCAGAAACGCUGGAGGCGGUUAAUGAUUUGCACAACGAAGGGAAGUUUGUCCAGUUGGGAUUGAGCAAUUACACCGCAUUUGAGGUUGCGGAGAUUGUCACCAUGUGCAAUGAGAGAGGAUGGGUUCGGCCGACAAUCUACCAGGCCAUGUAUAAUGCUAUCACUCGAUCAAUUGAAGCUGAAUUGAUACCUUGCUGCAAGCGGUAUGGAAUGGACAUUGUCGUAUAUAACCCGCUAGCUGGAGGAAUCCUAUCUGGCAAGUAUAAAUCCGCCGAUGUCCCCGCAGAAGGUCGAUAUAGUGACGUCCACUCGGGAGGACAACUUUACCGGGGCCGAUACUUCAAAGACUCCGUGUUCGAUGCAUUAAGAAUUAUCGAGCCUGUCGCUGAAAAGCACAAGCUGAGUCUGGUUGAGAUAGCAUUCCGUUGGGUGAUGCAUCAUUCUGCUCUGAACAUCAAAGACGGAACCGACGGGAUCAUUAUUGGCGUGAGCAGCUAUGAGCAGCUUGAGAAAAACCUGGACGAGCUGGAAAAGGGGCCGCUCCCAGAUGAGGUUCUUGCUGCGCUUGACGAGGCGUGGAUGGUCGCGAAGGCUACUACGGCGAAUUAUUGGCAUCUGGAUCUGAAAUAUACAUAUGAUACGAAGGCCGCGCUGUUCAAGCCUAAGCAGAAGUGA